AUGAAAUUACGGACGUCUUUCGAAAUCGGUUUAGCCGCGAAACCACCACAUGCACCUCGUACUAACGGCUCUGUGAGGUUGAAUCGGCGGGGAAGUGUACUGAACAAAGAAAGCGAUUGUUGCCAGAAAAUAAAUUCCAUAAAUUCAAACCAGAAUAACAACAAUGUAGACUAUUAUUCCGAGAAUGUGCAAAUACACCGGCAAAUUAGUCCAAUUCAGGAAAAUGGUAACGACGAUAUUGAAGCUUCAGAACACGAAAAUACUCAGUCUACCGGUAUGCUUGGUACCGGGACUGACGAAAACAAAGCCAGUUUCGCCAAGCUGUUGGUAGUUUCCAAACCGUCCAAAGCUGAAGAUGAUUAUAUGACCGCAGAAGCUACUUGUGCCGAUCAAACAAUAGAAACAGAAAGCGAAAGAUUGAUUGGAAACGAGUAUAAUAUAAACAACAACAACAAUAAUACUGGGUCAUUGUCUGUUAGUCAAAACUCAGUUGACUGGGAAGCAAGUUCGCUAGACGAUGAUGAUUUAGAAAUAUUUACGGACUUAUCAGAAUUUACAUCUUGUACCGUGGACGAUUGUUACUUAUUGAAUGGGGAUUACAGUGGAUUGUCAUCGGAUCAACUGCAACUCACUGUUACCGUAGCAAAGUCAUCUGGAUCAACGAAUCAACAACCAACAAUUUGUGCAUCACCGAAGCCGGUAUAUAUACAUACGCAGCCAUCAUCUGGGUCUCCGGCAUGGUCGUCCUGUACUCGUCAAGUAAUACGGAAUUAUUUGGGCUUGAAUGAUGCUUCAAUAGACGAUACGGCGGAUAAACAGGAAGAGGAAAUACCAUACAAUAUGAAAAGCCCCGUUGCCGAGCGCUCUGUACCUAGCGAAGAGGAUGAAGUAAACUAUUUGAAGUCGGCUCUAGAAACAGUCCCGUUUGAAGAUUCAAAUUACAGUACUUUUGAAGACUACGAAAAGUCAUUGUAUGAAAGUUUGUACGAAAUGAGACGUGAUCCCGGGGGUAUGUUACUCACACAUGAGCAAAAUUAUAGAACCCUACCUACGAAGCUAAGCAAUAACGACCGUAGCAUCUUUAACCAAAUUCAGUCCGAAAUCAAUCAAACUCAGGAUCGAUUUAACUCAGACGCGAAAAUGGACACUAAAACAGCAAAUACUAACGCAAUAUCAAAGAAGAAAAUAAGUCGAAUACCGGUUCGAAGUCCAACACAACAGUCCAAAAUACCAAAGCGAGGAAGAAAUUGUAGGACUGACGAUUCUGAUAAUGCCACAACACCGCCACGGAAACCCGUAGUGCAGUCCGGUCUAUUGGAAUUACCAAGAAUAAGGACGCUCCCUCGUCCAACGCGACGAAAAGAUCAUAUUCAUGAAGAUUUAUCUAAAACGGAUGGAUGGUUGAAUUACCCAGCAAAAACUGCCAAUCGAAAUUCAAGACUGAUUUCUCCGCAAACCAUAAUUUCAAAAUCAGGCCGAGGAUUAAAUUCUACCAUACCUCGCUACAGGGAAAUGAAAAAGCCGAACAUCGUCAAAGGUUACGCACGGACUCUUCCAAAUUCACCUCAGCCUGGAUUAAGGCGGAAUCAACAAUGGUGGCGUCCUUUUUUGUCAAGACUAGAUGAAAUACGGGACUUCUUCAUCGAUUCGCCAAAUAUCAGCCCAACGGAAGUAGUUCGAAGUGAUGUGAUUGGAUCAUUAGCGGAUGAACUGAGAAGCCUAUGCGAAGGUUCGCCCGAGACACAAAGAAACAAUCUUGGGGAAACUCAUCCACCAGUAAGACCACGGAAUACAUGGGGACCAGAAUCUCAAGAUAAAGUCACUCCAGCAUUGGCAGGAUUACCUCAACAACCACAACCCAGAACAAGACGUGUUAAUGAACCAAGCUCAAGUGCUUCGGGUGGUUAUCUGGAAAUUCAUCAACGCAAACAAGCAAAUGCUAUCAAUAAAGAACCACUAACUAACGUCGGCACUCCAGUUCGCCAUCGUAAACAAUUGGAAGGAGAGUCUGUUGGUUUACAUUCCGCUCCACAAAUGGGUCGGAAUAUGAGUUUAUCUGGCGGUGGGGGCUAUCAACCAUCAUUUGGAGCAAAUGACGUCUCUGCAAGAAACUCAAGAACGAACCUAACUUCUGUGAAGCCACAGAAUGAUGUUCUUUCUAAUUCGUGUCCUACUACCUUCUUCGAUGAGAAUAACCAAGUGAAGCGGUUCCAGCAAUCUCCCAGACGUUCUCCACUUGCGUCAAUGUCAAAUGAACCUUCUUCAGGACAAAGAUCAGUGAAUGAUGGGAUAAUAAAUGAACCGGAAUCUCCUAUUCAUCUCAAGCCACAGUUGGCAAGAUUAUCUGCUAAACGGAGGGGCAGUCCUAACGGAAAUAAAUUGGAAAAUCAGCUGAACGUACAAACUCCUCUGAAAUUGAAGAAUUCAGCAUCACCAAGACUAGACAGAAUAGCAGAUAACCCAACCGUUCAAAACGUGCGACCUCUCAUUAAACAAAAUCGUAACCACACUGAUGCAAAACUAAACAACAGUUAUUCUGAUUUGUUGGACUCUUCACUAUCCAAUGGGGGUAUACCACACACAAGUGGAUAUACACCUUCAGGCCUACAGCAAUCAAAUCCUGGUCUAAAUAGCACAGUACCUAUGGCAGUGAUAAGGCAUCCCGCUCACCAAUUGAAGGCAACAAGUGGAAAUACGAGUUCAGCUAGAAACCCUCCAAGCAGUUUCAAUUUUUCAGCAGAUUUAACAAAUGAUGCUAAUAAUAACGAUCUAUCUCGUAAUAGUAAAAAAGACUACGUUCCUAGUAAAUAUACUCUCGAUAAUUAUGCCCAAGGAUCGGAUUCAAAUUCAUCAUCUCAGCUAAAAUUAAGGUCCAAAUCAGACUCGCAUGCACCUGUUAAAAACUCGCAAAGUUUGCCAUACGAGCCUUUUUCUCAUUCUGAAGUUAUUACACACCCAAGACUUCUGCAGAAGACUUCAUCACCAAUACAGAGUGAAACACCGAGGACAGCACCUCAUGCUGGAGUUCGGGAUGAAGAUAUUCCGGCAUCAUCAAUGGACCGAAUUAGACAGAGUGCUCAGAAAAAACGCAAUCAAAUGCAAAGAAGUUUAUCGAGUGGAAAAGAACUCAAUACAAUGGGAAUGUCUGGAUUGGAUGGAAGUUAUUUAUCAGGUCAACCAAGCGGGCGAUCAACAGCUCCAGAAACCGGAAGUUCUAAUAGCAGUAUUCUAUCUCCGAUAAGUAACAAGACAAACAGCCACUCCUCUUCACCUAUUCAGUCGACAAGCCGUGACAGCUUAGAGAAUAUUUUCAUUAAUGGAUUUCAAUCCACACAGAAUAGACGUUCAUCACGUACUGAUAGUGAGCCUUCAUCCACUUACUCCACUGACACUGGUUAUAUGAGCACUGUUAUUGAUCCCAGAAGAAUGAGAAAAGGCGGGAGAAUUGAUGUUGAUGCCAGUCCGAUCAUGACAAAGGCUUCUAUAGCGCGUCCAGGAUCAGGAAAGUCAAAUGGUAGUAGUCCAUCAUUGAAUAAUGUUUCAGCCUCCUCAUCACGAGAAAACACAACCACAGAUGCUCCGCCGUUCAAAUACAAUCCUAAUUCUGGAGUGUCAUUCAGUUCUAAGAAAAAAUCAGAUUUACCAGUCGUCGGUCAGAAGUACAUUCUCAGAAGUCCGUCGUCAAGUGAAGCGACCAUGAUUGCUUCUUCUCCUUCCGCUACUCCUACAAAUUCAAACAUGAGCUUGGCGAUGUCACCUAGUUCAUCAGUGUUAAGCAGCAAACCAUCAAACACAAGCUUAGGGUCAAAUCAGGGGUCACGAGAAAGAAGAAGAUCACAAAGAGGAACAACAGACCCAGAUGAAGAUUUCAACGUAACGGGGCGAGCCAUUCGUGAUACCAGCUCAACGAAUCUCUCUGAAGUUCCCGAUUAUUCUCCAACUCCAAGUAAAGACAGUUUGCAGUGGUCAAAUAGCAAUGAUUCACUUCAUCAAUAUCCACCAGAUGCUGUUUACGGAAAAGCUGUUCAACAGCCUAUUACAUCAUCUGAUGUUACACAUGAGGAAUCGAAACAAAGAGAAUCCGUACCUUUGUCAGCUUCGUUACUCGCAAAGCAGUUUAGUAAGAAAGAAGAUUUGGAAAAAUUCCAGAAAACGAAAAAAGGAAAAUCAAGAAAUCGUGGUUCUAAUGAAGAUUUACUAGCGAGUGAUUUCUCUCAUGGCACAAAUAAUGAAAGCAAGUCAUCACCUACUAAUUUAUCAACAUCCAACCUGCAACAACCAUUGAAGUCUAAGCUCCGAAAAACUCGUUCACCGACGUCAACUAAAGUUUCUCCUCCAAAAAAAUCAGGAAGCAGAGAAUCAAGUUCAUCAAGAACAACGACUGACGUACUGCCAUGCUCAAAUCCAGAGACAAUGUUAAAUGAGGCCAUAACCAAAAUGCAAACAGCUACUUCUGAGGAUUGGGAAGGAAUUUAUAAUCACAUCCAUACAUUACGAAGAUUAGCAAAUUUCCAUCAAGAUGUCUUAGGAUCGAGAAUGCAUGAAGUAUUUGUCGUGUUAUGCACAAAUGUUGCAAAUCUUCGUUCUCAAGUAUCGAGAGCUGCCGUCGUAUGUUUGACUGAUAUUUAUGUGCAUUUAAGAAAACCAGUAAUCGACACAGAUAUUGAGUUGACUACAAAGUCUCUUGUAUUAUGUCACGGACGAAACACUGGUGCUUUUAUGCAAGAAGAAAUUUUAAAAGCUUUCCAGUAUCUUGUAGGCAACUGUACUGCUGUCAAAGUUCUAAAUGCACUUCUUACAGCUGGGGGGAGUAAUCGUAACAACAGCGUCAGAGAUUUAGUAUCUCAGUUUGUAUCAUUACUCGUUGAAAGAAUAAAACCUGGAAAAGCUCUUAGUGGAGUGAAGGAUAUUACAGACAGAAUUUUACCAGCGACUGCUUCAUUUAUUUCUGAUCCAUCGCAAGCAACUCGUUAUCAUGGUCGUUGUAUUUUGCAAGAAUUGAUGACGCAUCCAGAUUUUGACAAGUGCGUCGACAAAUACCUAAACCAAAAGCAAGCUCAAGAUGUUAAAGACGCUGUACAGAACAUUAAAACGAGGGGUAUCGGAUCAAUAGGCUCAGCUGGUACGAGAAACCAAGGAAGUGGAGUGAGAAGAAAUGGUUCCACUCGCGGUUUGAGUAGAACUGUGGGAAGUUCAGUAACAGCUGAGAGACUUCCUCAAAUCUCUUCGAAUUCGAGACGAGGCACACCAGCUAAAUCAAUUUUUAAUGAUCAGGAUCAAGAAGAGAUAAGGGUGAUGUGCAAAAAACUAACAGAGGGUGAUGUACCUGCUAGAAAAGAAGGUUUGAGAGAACUGGAGGAGAAAGUUGUGAAAAAUCGUCCUCUAGUCGAGGAAAAUAUUGUCAAGAUUAUGGACGGAUUACGAUCAUUGUUAGUUACAUCAAAUUCCAAGCUUAAUGCCCUUGGUUUGGAAACUUUGUUAAAAAUUAUUCCUGAUCUUGGAAAUCAGCUUCCACCUUCUGAUCUUGUGCCGUCUGUCUGUCGAUUACUUGUUUCAAAACACCAGAACACUGCAAGACUUGCUCUGAAAUCCGUUAAUCAAAUGUUGGAGCAUAUAGAUCAUAUGCAACUUCUUCAACAAUUUGCUACAUGUGCGAUGUAUUCACCUGGUAAAACAAAGCAAGUAUGCAUAGAGAAACUGGCAGAAUUAGUAACAACUGUCAGUGUGAAGAAACCUCAAGCAGUGGAGAGACACGUACUACCUGUACUUCUCAGUUUAAUGUCAGAAAAACACGCCAUGAGUUUGAAACGAGAAACGACGAUUCUUGCGAAAGCACUUCAUGCAGUAAUGGGCGAUAACCUUCUUCAAUACGCAGAAGCUAAAAACGCUAAAACCAAAGUAAUUGAAAUGUUGGAAAGUUAGCUGAAAUGAAUGUCGUUACUUUGAGUGUGUCAAAACGAUUUAUGGUAGUUUCUACUAGCAUUGCACUAUAUUGUUGAUUGGCUGUGAUGUCAAAGUGACGUGGGCCCCUUCAUUUAAACAGGAUAAGUCGUUCGCGACAUUUUAAAAUUCAUCAAAUCUAUAUAUAUCGAUAUUACCGAGUGUUUUUUAUACGUUUCAUCGCCAUUUAAUUGAAAAAUGUUGCACUGGACAAUUUUGUAAAAACAUACAUACUAUUGGUUAAAUUCUGUGAGUUCAAAUACCAUCCUUAUGAAUUAAAAUCUUGGCAAAUGCGUCAAUUUAACUACAGGUAACAUCCUAUUUUAAGUAUGUCAGCUUUGCAGCAUAAACUCUGAAUACUUAUAGUAUUAUUAUAAGACUAUGGGCUCAAAUGUAUAUUUUUUUAAAGGUUUUGAUUUUUUUAAUAUUUUUCCCUCAAAUUUUAUUUUUGUAGACAUGCCUACCAGUAGUUAGUUUACUGACUCAUAUUACUCUUAUCUCUUUUUAUUAUCGAAAAAAAAUUUUAAUUUUUGAAUUUUAUUAUUUACACUAUUUCUUAGUGGUAGUCUACAUAUUGAUCUAUAGCUUUUCCUUGUGCAAAAGUUAUUAUUCGCGCUUAUUUCAUCGUUCUGAUAAAAAAAA